UAAUAUCCCUGCUUUUAGCCCACUGUUUCGCCCACAGUAUUGAAAUUCGAGCAAAUAUUGCAAAAUUUAUGCCAGCUUCGAAAUAAAAACAAGUGCCCGGCAUUCGGCUCGUUUUACGAGGCAAACAGCGUAACUUGCCGGAUUUUAUGUUGUUUUGUUAGCCAAGCAACAGGUUGCAGGUGGAACGGCUGGAAGGGCAGGUGGAAAAUCUGCAGCUGAACCACAUACAUAUGUGGAGAAGUGGCUCCAAUUUGCGGCCGAACGGAACCGCAGAUAAACAAGGCAAUAAGCGGACAACGGGCCGCAUACGCAAUUGCUGCCGUAGCUCUUCAUUAGAUUGGAUUGGCCUGGCCGGGUGUGGAAAAGGGUCCUGACCCGAGCCUGGGCCUCAUUACUUCAAAUAGAGCGCUGACCAAACGAUUUAAUUAUACCGCCGACGCCCGACAGUUGGCCGCCACUCAGGUGGAGCCCGGCUCCGGUUAUAUUUCAAAACCUGACAACACACCGGCCAGAGCGCUCAGUCGGCACGCGUCCGCCGUGUGAGCCGCACCAGGAUCAGGAUCAGCAUUCCGUAGCAUCCCUUCAAGCGCAAUUCGAGCAGGAGAACUCCCGAUAUGACCAAGAUGAUAAUACAAAACUCGGGCAGCUGGACGCUUUGCGGAGCUCUACUCCUGUUCGUCCUGCCGCUGAUACCCACGCCGGAGGCACUGCAGCACACCGAGGAGGGUCUCGAGAUGCUUUUCCGCGAGCGUUCCCAAUCGGACUGGGAGAACGUGUGGCACCAGGAGACGCACUCCCGCUGCCGAGACAAGCUGGUCCGCCAGCUUUAUUGGGCCUGCGAGAAGGACAUUUACCGACUGACACGGCGCAACAAAAAGAGGACGGGCAAUGAUGAGGCUUGGAUCAAGAAGAGUACCACGGAACCUGAUGGCUCAACCUGGCUGCACGUGAACUAUGCCAACAUGUUCCUGCGGAGUCGUCGAUCGGAUGGAAACACUCCAUCGAUAUCGAACGAAUGCUGCACCAAGGCGGGCUGCACCUGGGAGGAAUACGCCGAGUAUUGUCCUUCCAACAAGCGACGCAAUCACUACUGAUUGGCCAUCGACGGUGGAUCUGCUUAGAUAUAU